AAGCACAUUAACAACAACCUCUUAUAAUUGAUAGCCAGCUCCUUGUAUUAAAAGGAGCUAGCCAGCCCUCUCUUCGUCACCCCAUGAAUCCAUUCAUCCCCUGAUUCUUACUCUUCUUUUCCAUCACAUAUAUAGAGUGGAUAUAUAUACAUAUUUUCAAGUGUAAAGCAUGAACAGAGAAGAGGGCAGAUUAUUUGUGGUCAAUGGACGGGCGGAGAUUGAUACAAGAGCACCAUUCAAGUCUGUCAGAGAAGCAGUGGUCUUGUUCGGGGAAAGAGUUUUAGCUGGGGAAAUCUAUGCCAACAAGCUCAAAGAGAUGCGAACAGGAGGGCGAGAGAAUGGACAGGCUGCUCCCUCCAGAUUUGGAGCCUUAACAGCUGAGCUUGAGGAAACAAAGCAAAGCCUCCAAAAAGCAAGAGAAGAUGGUAACUUGAUGACCUACAGUAUAAAAUCUCUAAGAGAAGAACUUGAAGAAACAAAGAAAGAGCUACAACGAUUAAGGGCAAGAGAAAGAAUGCAUAAAAAACAACCAGUACUUGAUGAUCCAGAGAUUGAAGACAUCAAGUUCGUUGAAAAUGCAACCAAAAUGGAGAUGAUCAAGAACCAUACUGGUAUUGAAGAACCUACAGACUUUCAAAAGAAGAGAAGUGUGAAAUUCGCUAGUCCUCCUUCAUUGGCUAAGGUUAUUGUUUCGAAAGAGGAAGUGCUAGAGAGACCUCACUCUUUUAGAAGGAUGGCCAAGAAAAGGUCUCCAAUCCCCCUUCUAGGAUGGUUAUUUUCAAAAAAGAAAGGAACCCAGGACGAUGAGCCUCCUAGAUAAUAUUGAGAAGCUGCUCGUAGAUGGAAGUUUAAAUUCUCGUGUGGUCUCCAAGAAUGAGAAGUCUCCUUGGGCUUCAUAGUAAUGGCGGCGAGAAAAUAACCAAAUACCAAUGCAAGCCACUUUUAGGCGUCCAUUUCUUCGUGUCUUUUUUUUCCACGUGUUAAAAAAAUUGUUUCUAAUAAACUCAACACAAUUUUGUAAGGUUGGAAUUCUUUCUUUAAUGUAAGGUUGUGAGAUGGGUUUGGGCCUAGUUCCAGAAGUUUUAAAAGUUUGUAAUAAAAAAAUCCAAAUUUUCAAUCUUAUAU